AUGUCCCUUCCUCCGGAUCUCCAAGUCCUCUGUCGACGUCUGGCUUCGACAGAUCCUGAUGACCUUCCACGCCUCUGCCCAUCUCUGAUAAAACAAAUUCAGCGCUGUCAAGCAGUGCUCUCGCAGCCUUCAGACCAGAAGCCCAAGGAAGGAUCCUCGGAAUCCUCCGUCCUCGUGCACAAGUUGAGGACACAAAUCACAACCCUGCUGAACAACGGCAGAAGUCUGCCUGGACGAUUCUCUGCCGCAAUCUUAAUCAAAGGCGUGAUCGAUACUGGCGGUUGGGAAUGCCUCCGAACUUCAGAGCCAUGGGUUCGAGGACUAUUGUCCAUAUUGCAGAAAAAUGAUUCGUACCAGUCCAAAGAGAUCGCAGUGAUCACUCUCACGAGGAUAUAUACGUUGCUCCAUGAAUAUCAAGCCCUGGUCAGGGAGAUAGCAACCCCUACCCUCCGUGAUUUCGUCACUGCCUGUCUGCAGAUUGUCAAAUCUCCAACAUCUUCUAAAGCCGGUGCACCGCCAGCGCGACUGGUGGAGACCAUAGCAAACGCUCUAGCUGCCAUUAUUCCUCUCUAUCCGACGACUCUGCGCCCCUUUAGCGCCCAGAUCAAGGCUGCAUUCAGAGCAUACUUGGCUCCUGCUGCGUCAGAUAAGCUGGCCGUCUCCCAAGAACUACGAACAGCAUCCCGGCGGCUUCUGAUUCUGCAGCAUUACACCACUCCCAAGGACGGGAAUGCAGAUGAGUGGAUCAAGACCAUCGCAGCUUUCCUCAACAGCAGUCAUGCCACCGCAGAUCAGGUAUUCCGUGCUGUUCAGGAGUCGUGGGAGUCUAAUAGCGGCUACACCCGGAAAUCUGUCGAUUAUGAUGAGGAACCGCAAGGUGGUGGUGAUUCCGCUGAUGACCUCCCCUCGUGGACAGGUGUCACUAGUGGAGCGGAACGGUUGGUAGGGCUCUUGGAGACUAUUACGGAGUCAUUAAGGUGUCCUACCAAGACUCCCGUAGCAAUCCCAGUCUCCUCGUUCGUCGACUUGACAGCACGAAUAUCUAUGGUGCUUGCCCCUAAGAAAGGGGCACGAGGGCAAGAUGAAACGCAACUCAACUCCGCCGCUGGAAGAGAAGAGAAGGAGGAGUUGUGGAGCGUUCUUCCAGAUGUCCAUGUUGCCACCAUGGAUCUCCUGACAGCACUCAUACGAAGGCUAGAGAAUGGUUCCGUUUCCGUUGCUGCGGAUCUUCUUCUCCAGGCUGUGCGACUCAUCGACGCAAAUCAGCGUAUCUCACUUGCGCGAGAGCGAGGCUACGUCCUCCUCAGAGAAUUGUUGCUCAUACACGGUCCUACCAUGCCUAAGUUUAGUGUCAACUCUCUUGAUCGUAUCAUCCAAGGCUGCUGUCGGGACCUAUUAGUGGCGUCAGGCCACGCCGUAUCCAGUCCAUCUGGAGGGACCGACGCCCAGAAACAGGGCAGCAACAACAAGCCAUCGUCGGCAAAGGCAUCCUCCAACGCCGAUGCCUAUCUCAGCACACAAGAUAAGGCAAGCAGCGCCGCCUCCGACCUGUCCGCAACUCACAUCGAGGCAGCGUCUGCGCUGCUCGAGACUCUGCUAUCCCAUCUCCCCCAGCAGCACCUGAAACAAACCCUGCGGGCACUGAUUGACCGCACCGCAGUCUUGUCACACAACAAGGACGCCAUGAUCUCUAGCAUUUUGAACCCGUACAGGACACACACAGGCAAGGCACUGGCAAGUGUGUUCCCGUUCUUGGCGAGAGACUUCCCGCGCGAUCAAGCUGUGGAGGUCCUGAGGUCAAACCUACGCACUGCACCUGGGCCCUCACUCGCCGAUGCUGGAGAUGACGAGGCGAUCCUUGCGCAACUGCAGGGAGAGCCUGGUGACCAGGAGGAUGCGGAAGACACCGCAGCAGGCGGGAAGAAGGGCUGGGGCAACGGGUGGACUGGUGGCAAGGCGGAGGACGAGGAGAUGGCCGACGCUGCCGACGGGCCCCCGGCUGGCUUCGAUCUGGGCGCGAAGGCAGCCACAUCAGUCGUCACCACGACUGAGACGACCACGCUGUUAUCCGAGUCUGUCCCGGGCGGGUCCAAGCAGACAGUCAUGCUAUCGUCCACGCUGAAACGCAAGAGUGAGGAAUUGGACGAGCCUCCCGCGAAACGCAUUGAUAUGGGGAAGGCACCCGAGGUCUUCGGUGGUCCUGCUGACGUCAAGGUCAAGAUGGAUGUUGACCAGGGCGAGGAUGAUGAGAGUGAUAGUGACAGUGACGGUAGCGUGCACCUGAAUGCAGCCCUGGACGACGAUUCGGAUGAUGGAGACGAGGAUUAG